AUGAUACGGUCAGAGCGGUAUGCCCCGCAUCCGACGCGGGCCGGGUCGGGUCCAUCAGACCAGCAGAAACCACUUACAUCCCGGGCCUGUCUCGCCCCACUGCCCGCGUCGGACCCCCGAGCCGGCACAAGCAACUUCCCGGAUUGCACCCGGGACCCCCUCUGCUCCAUCAAUGUGUGCGAUGAGAGCCUCUCUGCGAACCAACGCGCCAAGGCGCUGGUAGCUGAGCUCACGAUAUGGGAGAAGCUGGAUAAUCUCGUCAACGAGGCGCCCGGCAUCCCGCGACUCGGGAUCCCGUCGUAUGAGUGGUGGUCCGAGGGCCUCCACGGCGUCGCGUCGUCGCCGGGCACAAAGUUUGCAGAAAGCGGCAACUUCAGCUACGCGACAUCGUUCCCGCAGCCGAUUGUCAUUGGAUCGGCUUUUGAUGAUGAGUUGGUGGAGGCUAUCGGGGCCGUGGUUAGCAAGGAGGCAAGGGCGUUUAACAAUAAUGGCAGAUCCGGACUUGACCUCUACUCUCCAAACAUCAACGCCUUCAAAGAUCCCCGCUGGGGACGCGGCCAAGAGACACCUGGCGAGGACCCCUUUCACCUCCAAAACUACGUCGCGGCAAUGCUCACAGGCCUCGAAGGAUCCUCUGACCCAUCCAACAAAAACCUCAUCGCAACAUGCAAACACUACGCGGCAAACGACUUUGAGCACUACAACGGUGUCGACCGCGCCGACUUCAACGCAAUCAUCACAACCCAGGACCUCUCAGAGUACUACCUCCCGCCCUUCAAAACGUGCGCCGUCGAGAAGAACGUAGGUUCCUUCAUGUGCAGCUACAACGGCAUCAAUGGCACCCCACUAUGCGCCAAUGCGUACCUGCUGGAGGAUAUCCUCCGGCAGCAUUGGCGAUGGAAAGGCGAGGGCCAAUACGUCUCUACGGACUGCGAUUGCGUCGCGCUCAUGGUCUCGUACCACCACUACGCGCCAGACCUCGGACACGCCGCCGCAUGGUCAAUGAAAGCCGGCACCGAUCUAGAAUGCAACGCCCUCCCCGGCUCCGAGGCUCUACAACUGGCGUGGAACCAGUCUCUCAUUUCCGAAGAGGAGGUUGAUCGCUCACUGACGAGGAUGUACACGGCGCUCAUCUCCGUCGGCCAGUUCGACUCUGCGCGAGAACAGCCGUUGCGAUCGCUGCUCUGGCGAGACGUCGACACAAAGGAGGCGCGGGAGCUCGCGUACAGGGCGGUCGUCGAGGGCUCAGUGCUCCUCAAGAAUGACGGGAUCCUGCCCCUGUCCGUGGAUUCGGACACGAAGUUUGCGCUUGUUGGGCCUUGGGCUAAAGCUACGACGCAAAUGCAGGGUAAUUACUACGGUCCGGCGCCGUACUUGAUUUCCCCGUACCAGGCUGCUCAAGAUCUCGGACUCGACUUCACGUAUGCCCUUGGCUCCAAGAUCAAUGACUCGGAUGACUCGCUUUCCGAUGCGCUCAAAUCAGCCAAGGAGGCAGACGUGGUCAUCUUCGCGGGCGGCGUCGACAACACCCUAGAAGCUGAAACACUCGACCGCAAAACACUGGCUUGGCCUCAACCUCAGAUUGAGCUCCUACGCGCUCUCGCCAAGGUCGGAAAGCCAGUCAUCGUGCUUCAGUUCGGCGGCGGACAAGUAGACGAUACGGAGCUCCUGGCCAGUGGUUCCAUCAGCGCGAUCCUUUGGGGCGGAUACCCAGGCCAGUCCGGAGGCAAGGCCAUCUUCGACUUACUCUUUGGGCGCGAGGCGCCGUCUGGGAGGUUAUCCGUCACGCAGUACCCGGCGAUCUACAACGAAGCGGUCCCGUCGACGGAUAUGAAUCUUCGACCGGUACCGGGUAACUCGGGCCUCGGGCGGACGUAUAUGUGGUACCUCGGCGAGACGCCCGUGCCGUACGGCUUCGGCUUGCACUAUACGACCUUUGACGUCAAGCUCAGAGCGCUUCAGGAGCCUGCUAUUACCUCAACUGGAGAGUUUACACCUUUAGAAGACAGCGAGGACGCGUCUAGAGUCCCAUCGUGGCAAAAUACUCUGGAGAGAUCAAUGCUGACUGUUGCCGUGACGGUCUCCAACACUGGGAAAGUCGCCUCGGACUACGUGGCACUGCUGUUCCUCAUAUCGGAUGCCGGUCCCGAACCUAGGCCGCUCAAAACUCUGGCGGGAUACACUCGCUUCAGAAGUAUCCAACCCGGCCAGGCGGCGGUGAAAGAGGUCGUCAUCACCGUGGAACGUCUGGUACGGGUCGAUGAACUGGGGAACAGAGUGCUGCAUCCUGGGUCGUAUGAGAAAGCGGUGCAUAAGUUCCACGUGGGUGAGUUUCCACAGCCGAAAGCCUAG